AUGCUUCAAAAUCCUCUUAUCGUUGUUUGCAGCAGAGGACCUUCUGGUCUCAUCUUCGCUCUCUCUUUAUAUGAAAUUCUUGUUAAGAAGAAUAUCUUGGGAAAAAUUUUCAUUUAUCAUGAACAUUAUAAAACUCAUAAUACUAAAAAUCGACUUUUUUUGGUCAAUGAGGAUGAAUUUUUGCGUCUUCCGCAAAGUGUCCGUAAACACGUAUAUCAAUCAUCGGUCUUUAAAAACAUUUUUUCAGACCAAGAAACUGCGUAUUUUAUGAACGAGUUCGAAGACAAACUUUUGGAAUUGUUUGCAAAACUCAAAUCAAAAGAAAAUAUAAAAUUGGUUCAAGAAAGAUUUGAUCCUUCACGUGUCGAUCGAUAUGACUUGUUGGUUCUCGCAGAUGAGCAUGACAGUUUCCAGUUUGAAAAAGAAGCCAUUUCCAAAUGUUAUGAAUUGGAAAUUAAGUUUCACGUUUCCGAAAAUCAAUUGCAAAGCGGCGAAACGGAAGCCCUAUCAUUACUUCAAACUAGAUACUCGUUGCAAUUCCAACAUGAUAAUCAAAGUUUGCUUAAAGUAAAUUUAUCGAAAUCCGAAUACGAAAGUAUUGAAUUUGAUCCGAGUUUGGAUUCGAUAAAGAAUAAUCCUUGGUUCAUGAAUGUCAUAAAAGAUGGAUUUGAAUUCUUUGAAGUUUAUAACUAUGACUUGGUUUCAAUCUCAAAGAACUCUGAUGAUGACUUGAAACUCGAUAUCGCGAUAUCAACGGCAGUUACGUUAGCCGAGAAACUUACCAACGGACAAACAUUAUUAGAAAUUACUCGUGAAAAUCUCGAUAAAUUCUCUAAUGCAAUGAUUAACAUUCGACAAGAUCUUGUUCAACAACUUCUUUUGACAAAUAUGGAGAAUAUUAUUUUCAAGGUUAUUUACGGUAUCAUUGAUAAAUACAACAAAAAGUGUUCAAGUGGACAAGAAAAAAUGAUGUCAUCUGUCGAUUCCUUCAAACUUAUAACCAUUCUAGAUAAAUAUCCACAAUUGUUUGAGAUCGAUCAAACCCCUGAUGAUGAUGUUGUAAAGAUUCUCAAUGAAUUAAGAGAAGAAUAUACCAAGAACAUUCAAAGUUCUACGCCAGAAUUAUUCUUGAAAACACUUGAAAGAAUUCAAUAUGCUAUGAAUUAUUUUACAAUUUUUGAAUCACAUUUGUCUUCUUUCAUCUCAGACAAUGAAUUCAAUAAAGACGAUUGGGUCGAGCUGAAUUCAUCUUUAAUCUUGCGAGACAUUGAUUCUAAUAAUUCUAAUAAGAACGUUGAAAUAUCGGAUGCAAGUUCUGAAGAUUCUGAUGAAUCAUCCGAUGAAGAAACUCAACAAGAUUUAUCCCUUGAAGAGUUUUUCCAAAUAACUUUUGGUGAUGAAACGAUCAAUUAUGACGCUACCAAUUUUGUAACCGAUGAAUUAAGUGAAGACAUAUUUAUAACCGAAGUGGGACCUUACCUUAAAGAUCAUAAACAAGGAAUCCUUCGAAAUAUAUUUCCAUAUAUCGUAGAUAUAAUAAAUAGGACCAUCCCGUUGCAACGUAUACAAGGUUGCAUUCGACAAAUUUCUGCUUCUGACAAUAUUGACGAUCCUUCACAAAUAUUAAAGCGGUUGUCCAAUUGUAAAGGAAGGGAUUAUCUUGUAGCUUUCUUGGAUAAGGUUCCUAAAAGUUCACUUACGAAGAUUCUCCUUUCGCUUACUCGAGCAAAUAUUCCCAUUCCAUUAUUAUUUACGAAUAAUUGUGAAUUUAGUCAAAAAGGUUUAAAGGUUUUAAGAGAAAUUCGUAAUUUAGUACUUCGGGAUAAAUAUCAUCUAUUAUUAUCCUUCAAUUUAAGUACAAGCGAAUCUACCACGCCAUUUUCGAAAAGGCUUUAUCCUAUCAUUUGCAAAAACCGUGAGGAUGAUUUAAGUCUUACUUCCACUGGAUCAAUCGACAUUUCCUUUCAUUCCGCGUCGGAAAAUUAUGGACGAAAGCCUGUCGCUAUAGCCGAAGUGUAUUUAGAAGAGGACCCUAACCAAAUUUUUCUCAGUUUAAUUAACGGCUUCUCAAAAUUCGCAUUUUACAUGUUUGUACACGUAAAUGAUCAAGAUUUUGAAGGUAACUCGCCUUCUAAUGAAUUAAAACGACUCACCGAAACCAUCUCGCUAGAUUCCAAUGAUUCAAAAAUAUCGGUCAUAUAUUGGAACAGACCAACAAAGAAUGAUCCUUUUAGUAAGCGCAAGAAGAAUAUUAAAAAAUUAUUCAAGUCGCAUCUCAAACCUGAAUGUGUUAAAAUUGAACAAAUUUCUAAUGACAUGAAUCAAUUUCUCGAAGAUAAAAAGGCUGAACUAACGAAAUCAUUAUCACAACCUGAUGCAGGAUUUAUUUAUCCGCAUUUGGUUCUAAAAUUAGAAACUUUAGAAAAAAAAUAUCAUUCGGAUUAUAUUUCAGAAGAACAAAUUAACAAGAAAAUUCAUCAAUUUAGAAAUGAACAAGUCAAUCUUUACUUUAGCAAACCGAUACCAAUCCUUUUAGAAUUCGCAAAGAUAAUUAAAGAAAAUGAGAUAAUUGAAAUGCGAAAAUUUGCUGGUUUAAUCGAUAAAUUCUUCAAGGACCAUUUGGUCGAGCUUCAAAAAUCAAACGAACAUAAUGAGUAUGCGCACAAUAAGCAAAUGCUUGAAGAAAAUGAUAUAUCUGUUCAUGAUAUUUGGAAGGAAUUUAUUAUAUUAUCAAAUAUAAAAGAAGAAAAGUAUAAGAAGACGACUGUAUUGGAAAAAUUAUAUGAUGUUGCACCGCAAAAGUUAUCCGAGGCAUUUACAACGUGGAUCAUUGAGGGGGAACCUAUUCAGAUACUUGAUGGAAUAUCUUUAAAACCACUUCCUACAAAUUUUUUAUCAUAUACAUUAUGCAACAUCAUGUACAAUACAAGUCGAAAGCUAAUAAUAAUUUCAAUAAUUGGAUUUGAAAGUUCCGGAAAAUCGACUCUUUUAAAUUAUUUAUUCCAAUGUAGUUUUGCUACAUCAGCAACACGAUGCACAAAGGGAUUGUAUCUAAGUUAUCGAAAUACAACUUUUGAUGAUAAUCCGAUUGAUCUUUUAAUCCUUGAUUCCGAGGGAAUGAAUUCAACUGCGCAAAAAUACAUUACAACCCGAAACGAUUUCGAUAAAAAGUUUACAUUAUUUGCCUUGAUGUGUUCUCAUAUCAUAAUAAUUAAUACCAAAGGAUUGACUAGAGACAUUGGUGAUAUUUUAGAAGUGUCUUCAUGGCAUUUGGAUGGGUUAAGAAAUAGAAAAUCCAAACCACGACUUCACUUUGUACUUCGGGACAUGAAUAAUAACGCUAAAGAUUUUCAACCAUUUCAAGAUAUUGUUAAUAGCCUAAAGAAAAUGUUUCAACAAAUUCCUGGAUGUGUGGAAUCUUUGGAGGAUUUUAUGACUAUACAAGAAGAGGAUAUUCAUCUAUUAACAAGUGCAUUUCAUUCUUAUUCCGAUGAUUUUUGUCCAACAACCGGUAGAAUUAAUGAAAGAUAUAAUAUAAAUGUGCCAGCCGAAACGUUUUCCAAUAAAACUUCUAUUUUGCGACAUUCUCUCUUAAAUUCUGCUACAUCUCAAAAUGCUAAUUUUAAUAUAUUCAACAAUAUCCAAGGUUUUAUACCGUACAUGAAAACGGUUUGGGAUAAUAUUGGUAUACAUGGAAAUUUUUUGCACUUUGAAGACUUUAAAUCAAUAAAUGCAUGGCAUCAAAUGCGUUACUUGGUUAAUGAAAUCAAAGGAAUCGAUUUAAAAGAAUUUAGACAUCAAGCGAAAGAUAAAAUUAAUGAAAAUGUCGAAAGGUUAGAGGUAGAUCAUUCCAAAUGGGUUGAAGUUGAAACCAACGUACGAAAAGAUUUAGAUGAGCUUCAAGAUGAGUACAACAAAAUAUGUAUGAAAAAAUAUGAUUCCAAAUUGCAAAAUCAAUUUGACCUUCACAUAUUUAAUGAAGGUAAAAGACUCAUUUAUAAUAUGAUCGCAGAAGAAAGGAUGGAAUGUGACACGUUAUGGUUAAUAUCAGCUUGCGAAUAUAAGGAUUCUUGGUUAUCAGAUUGUGCGAUCAAAAAAGUUGGGAAUAAAAUUGAAAAGCUCAUAGGAAAUAGUCAUUUAAAUGAUUUAAAAUUGAUAAAAUAUGAUGAGAUUUUUGAAGAAAUUUGGAAUGAAGUAGAACACGAUAAAAUGAUAUUUGAUCAAGAUAUGAUAUUGACUUUGGAAGAUCUUAAACCUUUCAUCUCAAAAACUUUCAAUAAUGCCAUCGAAGAAUGUUAUACAAAGGUCUGUCAAAAUACCGAGAACAAAGAACAAGUAAAAUUUAAAAGGAAUUUCUUUAAAAUUCUCAAAAAACCCGCGACAUUUGAGGAAAGUAUUCGAAUGAAUCAGUUUACCAUAAAAGAAGCGUUUGAAAUUGAAAAUAUUGCAGAGGAUCCUGACACGAAUAACAAUGUGCUUAAAAAUAAAUUUAAUAAAUUUAAACGGAAUUUGAUUGGCUUUACAAGUAAUAAAACAAAUACGAAGAUAGAUUAUAAGGCUACAGCAUCCGUAAAAACAGAAAUCGCAAAGAAUAUACUCGAUAAAUUUAAUAAGGUCAUCAAAAAGAUUAAAACUGAAUUAGCAGAUAAUAAUUCUCUGCGAAUUGAUUCAACGCAAGCAGUAAAAUGUUUAGAAACGUUAUGUAAUUUUUUCUUCGAUAUUACCAACGAUGAACAUAAUGGAACUUUCAUCACAUUUAAAGAUGAUGAUUUUAAUAUCUUUGAGAAAUAUUCAAGGAUAGAAGUUUUCCAAAGUUUAUCAAAUAAUAUUGAUAAGUGGAAUGAUAAACAACAGAAAAAUCUAGAAGGCUUAAGACAAAAUCUAAUCAUAUCAUUUGAAAAAAUUUUAUCUUAUCAAUCCGGGGAAAAUAUUUCAAAAGAAUUUACCAAAUAUAUUGUACAAGCGAUAAGACCGAAGGUUGACAAGAUAGAAAAUGAUAUCACCCAAAGAUGUAAAGAAUAUAUUAAAAAAAGUUGGAAUGAUACCCGUACUGCAACAACAAAUGCUUUUGACAUGAGUUUUGGAAAGUUGGAUUUGGCAGCUGUGAACCAAUAUCUGAACGAUCCAACCCAAUACAUGUUAAACUUAAUGAAAAUGGAAUUUAUGGUAUUUUCAGAUGUGAUUAUUUAUGAUAAAUUGCAAGAAGUCGAUGAAACGAUUAGAUAUACUCAUGAAACUCUCUUAAAUGACUUGAAAGAGUGGAUGGGGCUAUUUGAUGAGAACAAACAUUAUGAUGAAUUUAAACUAAGUUAUCUUCUUACUUAUUUAUCAGGGAACUCCCAUGAUCAUGAAGAAUUAACAAAUACCUUGUUUAUGAAAUAUGGGAUCGUUUUGAAGCAGAAGACAAGCUCACAUGAUUUUUCCAAGAUUCUAAAAGAUGUUACUCACCUUUUGAACAGUUGCAUUGUGCAAUAUCCAGUUUACUUUUUUAAUACACUUUUUAACGAAUUGAAAGAAGAAUUUCAAAAGCUUUAUAGAGAUUGGAAUGAUCAAGAGAGAGAGAAAGUACAAAAAAUAUUGGAAAGUACAGUGAUAGGACUAAGUGAAAAUCUUUUGGAUAAGAUUGGGUGCAAAGAAAGGUGUCCAUUUUGUUCUUCAAAAUGUGAAUUACCCAACGAUGGACAUGAAAAACAUCAUGUCACCAAUCAUUUAUUUCCAGCUUUCUAUGGUGUUUGUUCGGAACAUUACCGUCAUCCGAUUUUAUUUUCAUGUACCGAAGGUGCGGUGCAUGAAAAUGUAUGGGGUUACGCUUAUCUUGGUCCAGAAUUAUAUUCGUUGGAUGAAUUUUUGAAAAAAUUUCAUCCGGAAUGGCAUUUAUUUCAACGUUCUGAGCCAACCGAUGAAAAUAUUGUAAAAAUGCGUGCUGUUUGGUGGAAAUUAAGACAAACCUUAUGUUUAAGAAAUAAAAUGAUUGAUAAUACUGAUCCAUCAUGGGGAUCCUUGUACGGAAGUCUCAUCCCCGAAUAA